CAAAACUCCGAUGUCGUCAUUGUUCUGAAAAUCGAAAAAAAAAAUGAACUUUAGCACGACAGCACAGGAAAAAGUGCAAAUUUUUGCUUGAUUUGGUACAAAUUUACUUCUAAAGCCUAGUGAUUUUAGUGUUCCUAUUACAAGUGCCUCUAGUGAAAACGAAUUCCGAUGAAUCGAGUGUACAGUGUUUAGUGCAAACCCGGGCAAGAUAGGAGUGUCCCAUCCGCGGGCAAAAGUGUUUCCCUUUUUCUGCUCUUAUCUUUUCAAGCUCCCUCUCGUCGUCACGCCUGCAUCGUCAUGGCCUUGAUGGUGGUGGAAAAUGCACAAUCGAAAGAGCAAGCUCCUCCGAGUGGCGAAAUGACGGAAACAAACGUAUCGAGCGAACCCCCUCCUCCGGGAACGGAGGACGAAGUUCCUGUGUUGCUCUCGCUGAAGUCGCUAGCAAGUGGAAGCGGAAGUGCGCUGGAUGAGGAACCACCGCCUCCCGGAACGGAGGAGGAUGCGCCGCUGUCCGUUCAGACGUCACGGAACUCACUGGUGGUGGUCACCACCAGCAGUAGCGCCAUCGAUGACGAUCACGAGGAGGGGGAAAUCGAUGACGACGAGGAUGAUGAGCGAGCGCUCCAGUAUGAGGACAUUAGCUCCGAAGAGGAGACGACCAUUCGGGAGCGGAUCGCACAGCUGGAGGCCAUGGACGACGAGCUAGGGAAGAUCAAUCAGAUAACGGGCGCCAGCAGCGACGAUCUGGGACAUUUCGCAUAUGAUAAGCCCGCUGUGAUUGCCCUGGGUAAAGAUCAGGACGUGUACGAGUGCAUAUCGGACGAGGAGGACGUCGAGCUGUACCUUCGCCGUUACGAACCGAUUCCCAAACCGAAACUACUGCCACCGCCGAGGAAACGGAAAGCACGGCGCUCGCUUCGCACAUCCACCAGAUCAAUUAGUUCCGAUCGGCGUCCACUUCGCGCACCCACCAGCUCUAUCAGCUCUAAUCGGCGCCCACAUCGCACAUCCUCCAGCUCUAUCAGCUCUGAUCGGCGCCCAGUUCGUACAUCCACCAGAUCAGUAAGCUCUGAACGACGCCCACUUCGUGCAUCCACCAGAUCAAUCAGCUCUGAUCAGCGUCCAGCUCGCACAUCCACCAGAUCAAUCAGCUCUGAUCAGCGUCCAGUUCGCACAUCCACCAGAUCAAUCAGCUCUGAUCAGCGUCCACUUCGUGCAUCCACCAGAUCAAUCUGUUCGGAUCAGCGUCCCCUUCGCACAUCCACCAGGUCAAUUAGCUCUGAUCGGCGCCCACUUCGUGCAUCCACCAGCAGCUCCAUUAGCUCAAAUCGACGGGAUGGUCAUGGGGACACGCACCGACGGAAAGCGGAAAAGCGUAGGUACGAACCUGCGUCCUCAUCAAGGAAGAGUAGUGCGCAUAAAACUCCCCACAAGCAGCGGAAACAGCAUAUGGAAAGUUCGGCGUUGGUGAAUAUCAUAGAUUCGACGGAUUCGGAGCCGGAUUAUCAUCCGCUGGAUAGGGCACGUUUGCAGGUAGCAUGUAACGUUAACGCGGGAAAACGAAAGACUGACAAAGAAAACUGGGAUGCAUUGAAGCAGAAGCUUAAGCUGCAAAUGCAGAAAAGGAAACAAAAGCAAUCGGAGAGUAGUAAAGAAGCGGAAAUUAUUACGGAUGAGCCGCCAAUGGUUACCGUUGCAGAUGAGGCAGUAAAAGAAGAUGACGAAGAAGUGUUUCAACUGAGAUUGCAGGCAUUGAAUAGCACGGCGGAACUUCAAGAACCAGAAGUUAUAAACUUGGUGGAAGAUCCGGUUGUACCGGAGAGUGUAGUUAACGAAGAGCAGCAGCUUCGACUGGAUGCUCUUCGUUCGGCCUUUACCAAAAAGCACGAGAAACGGCUGCAGAGAAAACAAGGAGAAAGGCCAUACUCCCCAAGUGAUGAGUUAUAUCUCCUUGCUUCGCCGAUUGAAGAUGAAGCAGAAGAUGACGAGGUUCAAAUAAUAGAAAAACCCACGGAAACCGUGGAAAUUCCAGACAGCUCUACGGAUGAAGAACCGGAAUCGAAAUGUCCUGAACCUCCAACAUUUUCACCAAUAGUGGACAUGAUGAGAAACGAUUCCUCAAGUCCGGCGAUAGUCGAAGUUUCUAGUCAUCACAAAUCAGAUCCAAAAGAAACCAGUUCGCCCGAAUUGGAACCUCCGUCACCUCCAGUCAUAGGUGAUUUACAAAGCAAGCUUCCGGAAGAAGACGACGAGGAAAUGCUUAGGAAUCAUUUGCUAUCUAAUCUUUCAGCUACCGCUUUGAAACCGACUCCGGUUCGUACGAUCGAAAGUAGGCCCAUGACUCCGGAUUCCAUGGCUGAGGAAGAAGCUGAUGCUUUACGGGACCUUAUACUCUCCAAAAUGCAUAAAAAAGCUUCUAGAAAUAUAACCCCCGCUGUUGUACCGGAAGUUUCCCAAAAGACUGAUUCGUAUCACAUUCCUGCAAACGGUCCGGAAACUCUUCCAUGCGAAGUGAUGGAACCUCUCACUAUUAGCGUAAGCGAUCCUCUUCCGCUUCCAAACGAUGUUGCCCAAAUAUCAGUUCCUGCCUUAAUCCCAACGGUGCAAUCCAUAAAUCAAUCGAAAGUACAAUCAAACCCCAACCUUAUCACCCUAAUCGGUAAGCAAAAGGUUACCCGUAAGAAACGGAAAAAGUCCCUUUCAGCAGCCAAAAAGUUGCACCAGCAGCAUCAGCAGCAGUUAACCGAAAAUAACCAAGUGGUCGCGAUUAUUGUUCCCCGUCCUUCGCGGAGGCUUAUCAAAGCUCCCAUAGUACAACAUCCGGCGUCACCUUCCCUAACGGUCAACACCAAAAAGUUGCUGAUCAACCCGAACAAGUUGAUCAACCUGAACGCCCCGCCACGGAUAGUGCAUUCCCCCAAGGAACGCUCCAACCUGCUGGACACAUAUGUCCAAAAACCGGUCGCCAAAAUGAUCAUCCAGGUGGGCCAAUCGGAUUCCGAUUCCGAUCCGGAUUACUAUCCUGCUCCCGAUUCGGUGGAUAUCGACAACCCUGCAGCCGAGAUGCACCUCCAAGAGGCAUUCCUUCGCGAUCUGGACAAUGCCAGUCCGUCGCGGGUAAUGCUCGAAAGCCCCAGCUACUCGCCGAUUCCAACAGCAGCAACUCCGGAUGGGGACGGCGGUGAGCAACACGUGGAAGCUCAACCCUCCUCAACAGCUCCCGCAUCGAACAACAACGCAGAGAUCGUCCCGUUCGAGCAGAGGUUGGACCAGUUCCUGAAAACGGUUCGAAGCAAAAUCGAUAAGAGCCAAGCGGUAGCGGCUGCCACCGCCACGACGACGGCUGUUGUCCGCGAUGAGGUCGAACCUGCGAUGGCGAAAGCUGGUGCGAAAAUAGUGACUUUCAGUGACGUUCCAAUGACGGCUGGCAGUGGGAUCGGUUCGGGGCGGGGAUCGGUUGGCGGCAAAGCGGCGAGGAAACCCAUUACGGCACCGGCGGCAACGCCCAAUACAUCGUCGGCCGUCCGCCAUCUGCCCAAGUCCGCCCAACUUGAAUAUCGCCGUCUGGUUGCCCGAAUGGCUCAGCUGGAAAAGCAGAAACAACAGCGCAUACCCGUCCCAAGUCAUCAGCCGCUGCGUCCUCCACCGCCGCUUACCAAAACCAUUAUCAAUACGGGUCCAGGCGAUACGGCUGGACCGGCAAAAAGUCCAGAACUGGUCGUUACCAUCAAUCGCGAUAGGCGCGAUGUAGUAGAUCUCAAAAGUACCAAUAGUACGGUACCUAGCCAUCCUCAAAUAGUACAACAGCAACCCGCAAAGCGAGGUUCAGAACCCCUGGUCAAACGAGUAUUGAUCAAUAACGCCGUGAUGGCCGAAAGAGAGAAUGUUACUCCGAGAAGUAGCAAAGAUCAGAAGAUCAAUGAUAAACAGCCUCCUCCGAUAGAUAACGCCAAGAUCUCAGGCGAAACGAAAUCGAUCGUGGAUGAUGAUAUCAAACAAUGUCAUAACCAAACUGUGGAGGUUAGUUCAGCUCUCCGGCAUUUACCGGCCCUAAACGAGGAGGAUCGUUUGAGCGUGUUGAGGAUUGCGGAGAAUCGUUACGAGAAGCACAGUCAAAAGUUUGCCCAUGAACUGCAGGAUCUGAUUGGUACCGUGGAGAAUGCGCAAGCCGAACGCCAGAGGCAGUACGAUUUGGAAAAUAAAGUGGCCUUCCUGCGGGAAAAGCUAGCGGUCCUGGAACGGGCGUUGACUUUGCACAAAAAGCGACUGAAUGUAAUUUUCCCGGAACUGCAGGAAUCGCACGCAAAGGUCAUGUCCAGCCGGCAGCGAUCGAUCGAGCUGAACAAUCUAUGCAUUGCGAUUGGGCGGGAAGUUCAAGGAUCCGGCUAUAGUCCGCCAUCCACUGCUCGAUCGGAGAUCCACGAACAAUUGAAGGUACUGACCACGGAAACGAAGCGCUUGAAAGAUAUGAAGAGGCUUUCGUUGGAAGAGUUCAAAGAACUUACCACCGAACAGAGACGCGUCCAGCAUGAACGGCAAAAGCAUGCUAUUGAACAAGAACUUGUUAAAUCGGGAACAACGACUCCCGAGCCACCUGACCAGAAGCCAAAACCAUCCUUAGAACAUGCCCCCUCCAAAGACGAUGGCAGCCGAAGUGAUACGAAUGAAUCUGCAUGGUCUAAGAACUCAUCCGAGAUGCAUGGUGCUUCAAAACUGUACGCCAAAAGUGCACCAGCCUCCAGAAGUGCAAGCCCAGUCGAGGAUGUUCCGGAGCAAGACUCGGAUCGCGGAACAAUGGAAACCGCAGCUGCGGAUAUUGCAUGCAAAGGUGGUACCCGGUUCGCAAAAUACACUUCCCCGCUGGCUUCGCUCAAAAAUCAAAGUGCACUAAACAUUCCGGACGGUGUUAUAUGUCCUUAUCAGAUGCGUGGCGAGUGCAUUGAUCAAGACUGUAAAUUCGACCAUUUAAAAUAGUAGUGUGAAUGUGCGUUACACUUAUCUUUCCCUUCAGUAACUCUCACACUAAUCCAGAUUUUCAAUAUCUAACGUCCCCAUAACCCUCGUGAUGAAACACCACCCUCCCGUUAACUAUUGCUCGAUACCCCUUUCCUAGCAACACCUUCCCACAAAAUCUUCCGUUAGUCUCUGUUGCUUGCCGUAGAUUUUCUUUUGUUGCUCUUAUAAACAAACCCCUCAGACACACACAUAUUUCAUUUCACAACCUAUCAAACAGUGUACGGGUCAGUGAAAAGAACGUAAAAGAAAAGUGAGUCACGAGACCGCGAGGAAGAAACAAUAGUAGUGUGAACACGACGCCCAUCAUCUAAUGGAUCGAAGGAAAAAAUGAGGGAAUAAGACGCUGAUGUUGCUGCUGUAAGUGAUGAAAUCAGUGAACCUAUUUUGUUCAGUGUAUUUGCAUUUGAGCGGAGAAAUGCGGUCGUCCAAAAAUGAACGACCAUUGUCCACUAUACGUACGACUAGUGUGAUAAUAUGUCGUAAAAGGGUGCCUGCGUUGGUGUCCCGGUACCUAUAAGGAAACCAAAAAGAAUAUUAUCAACAUGUCGAAAGGGUGUGAUAUUUUCAAAUCGAUUGCCAUAGUUUUUUUCUAGUUUUGUUCAAUUUUUACGUUUACCUCUUUAACUUUUGAUUUCAAUUCCAUGGUUUUAUUUGGGUUUUGGCUUUAUUAGUUUUUUAUAAGUUUACCAAAAAAAAUGAACAUGUUAUCAUUAUAAGUUUUCUAUGAAUUAUUAUUAGUCGUUGUAAAGCAAAUUUACUUCAGUGUGUUAGGCAUCGCGGUGGCAGCUGCAUGGUGCUUUGUUAGUGCGUGCCAAACCCAUAUUGCUUCUUCUAUUACCAUUACCUCAUGAAAAUGAAUCGUGAACGACCGCGCGCAAUGCCGGUAGUGAUGAAACGUUAUAUUAUUUAAAACCCGGUUAACUGCGGGAGACGAAAAAAAACUAUUUUGUAGAAAAGAAUGAUGAAUAAAAUGAAACAAACAUGUUUGAAAAAGA